GCUCCACCAUCCUGCACACCAAGCCUGAUCAAAUACUUUGAAGUUUAACUCGCUCGCAGAUCGAUUCGUCUGCAAAUGACCUGGUGCCGCAUUUUUUAACACAAUUUUUAGUCACCUCCUCGAUGGCCCCCCACUGCAAAAUCCAACUGUAAAUCCAGCAUUGAUGGCGUCCAGUUUUUAAUUGCUCCCUCCAUUUUUUAUCCUGGCUGCGUGGGCCCGCCCUGUCAGUCCUCGGUGACCACCUUGCCUUUCACACGGACGGAGUAUAAACCCUCUCUGUUACUACGCCGCGCCGCGCCACGGCUUCCGCUGCACGCCAUUACCGAAGCGCCCCCUCCUUCGCCAAGUGUCCCCCUCCCUCCUCCGGCCAAUGUGACUUGCUGUCGAAGCCGCGGUAGGGGAAGGAGCGAUGGUGGUCAGGUGCGUGCACGCCGAUGCGGGUGGCUUCCGGCUCUGGCCGGUCUUCUCGGCCGCCACCAUGCGGAGGAAGCUUCUUGAGGUGCUGACGUGCGGCGGCGGCGGCGGUUCUUGUCGCGGCCGGACGUCCUUCCGGUCGCCCCAGCCGCGCGCGCAGUCGCAGCCGAGGCCGCGGUCCGACCGCCUCGCGGAGCUGCUCAGGGCGGAGCCGUCCGAGUGCGGCGACGACGAGGGCGAGGCUGACGCGGCCGCCAGGAAGUCGGCGGCGCUGGAGGAGCUCAAGGUCGUGGUCGCCGCCCUUCAGGAUGGAGAGGGAGACGUUGCCGGCGGCGUCUCGUGGCGUGUCGAGGCGGCCACGGUCGUGCGGAGGAAGGCCAAGGACGACGCCAUGGCCAGGGAGAUGCUCGCGAUGCUCGGCGCCAUCCCGCCGCUCGUCGCCAUGCUCGACCAGGGUGGAGGCGGCGAGGAGCUCCUGGCCGCCGCGCUGUACGCGCUCCUCAACAUGGGGAUCGGCAAUGACACGAACAAGGCCGCGAUCGUCCAGGCCGGCGCCGUGCACAAGAUGCUCCGCAUUGCCGAGGGCGCGUCCGGCGCUCUGACGGGGGCGCUCGUCGCCAACUUCCUCUGCCUCAGCGCGCUGGACGCGAACAAGCCCAUCAUCGGCGCCUCCGGGGCCGCGCCCUUCCUCGUGCGCGCGUUCGAGGCCGCGGCCACGGAGCAGGUCCGGCACGACGCCCUGCGCGCGCUGCUCAACCUCUCCAUCGCGCCGGCGAACGCGCCGCACCUGCUGUCCGCGGGGCUCGCGCCGUCGCUGAUCGCCGCCAUCGGGGGCAUGUCAGCGUCGGACCGCGCCCUCGCCGCGCUCUGCAACGUCGUGGCCGCCUGCCCCGAGGGCCGGCGCGCGGUGAGCCGCGCCCCGGACGCGGUGCCGGUGCUCGUGGACGUGCUCAACUGGUCCGACGACGCCGGGUGCCAGGAGAAGGCCGCGUACGUGCUGAUGGUGCUGGCGCACCGGAGCUACGGCGACCGCGCGGCCAUGGCGGAGGCCGGCGCCACGUCGGCGCUGCUGGAGCUGACGCUGGUGGGCACGGCGCUGGCGCAGAAGCGCGCGUCGAGGAUCCUGGAGAUCCUGCGCGCCGACAAGGGCAAGCAGGUGGCGGACGCGUCCGGCGUCGUGGCCACGGUGUCGGCGCCGCAGGAGCGCGGCGGCGGCGGAGGGCGGUGCCAGGAGGAGGAGGAGGCGGAGGCAGAGGGGGAGGCCUGCUGCAUGAGCAACGAGAAGCGCGCCGUGCGGCAGCUGGUGCAGCAGAGCCUGCAGAGCAACAUGCGGCGGAUCGUGCGGCGCGCGCGGCUCCCGCAGGACCUGGCGCCGCCGGACGGCCUCAAGGCGCUCACCUCCUCCUCCACCUCCAAAAGCCUGCCGUUCUAAGCCCCACCGCAGGAGGAGAGGCGACUUUGUUGCAUGACAGUGGGCAAUGGUGGUGCAAGCGUUGGAGGCCGGGAAUCUCAUCUCUUGGUGCCUGUGGACGGAGUGAUGGGCGAUGCUUGUUUAUGCUCUGCCAUGACGGAGCUCACGUGCUCGGAUGCAUCGGCAGACGGGCGCCGAGAUGUUCUUCUUUCUCCUCCUAAUCGCUUUUGCUUUUGGUGUUUUAACCGCGCUUCUUCCCAGCUUUUGUAUAUGUGAUAGUUCUAGUUAAUUUACUAUUAGUCGUAUACUACACCUAGUGCCUGGUAGUAGUGGUCAGCGUCAGCCAUGGCUUGCUCUUUAAUCUUUACCUGUGUGUGCACAUGACAUGAUCUUUUCUUGGAGUGGGAGAGGGGAGGUGUUUUAGAGGUGGUGGUAGAAAAGAGAGGAUGCAGUGGAGGGUGAUUGAUACAGUGCUACUAUCUUAAUGUUGGACCAUUCAUCAUUCGGUCUUUGCCAGGCUGAAAAACUCCCACGGUCCAUGUGUUUCA